AUGUCGGGACCUUCGGAAACCAAAGGACAGGCGCAACCCCUAUUCUCCAAGCCAAGCGCGAACGUCAAGUUUCCAGUGAAGUCUAUUAAGUACCAUGACUUGGAACAAGAUAGUUCUAUGGCUAAAGAAAUCGCCACUGAUCCUUCAAUUCAUUUGCUUCUCUAUCGGACAACUUUGAGGCUCCGCCAGGGUGUGUUCGUCGGCGACGGAAGAGAUAGACAGGAAUCCUUCUGGAUCGUCAAUUGCUCUUUUGAGCAGAUAGAAGCUGUCUCGCUCGACACCAAUCAAGUCGAGAUAGUUUAUACCUUCAAGACGACUGCCAAGCCUGAUGGUAGUCCCCAAACAAUCAAUGCAGAUACCCUCCCAAAGCCAGCUACAUAUCCGCUUGCGAGGGCCAACUUGCUUAACAAGGUGGUCCAACUCACCUUGGAAUUCCCUAGCAGUCGGAAGUUGUGGGAUAACAAUACCAAGCUGUUCCACGAGGUUUUUAUGGGGGGAAGAAUCUCGCUUUCCGAUGAGGAGCAGAAAUACAUCAGCUUCAAUAAAAGAGCUAUCGAUAACGAAGCCGACGCGGAACAUGAGUGUCUUGCUACUCUCGGCUGCCGAGUAAAAGGUGUUGCGGUUGGGAAUCGAAUCCUCUUAGGGAUCUGGCCAAAGGAAGACCGGCCUUUCCGUAUCUAUGGAGGAUGCAACUUGGUUCUUCGGGGCAAGAAAUGGUUUUCUCGGGAAAAGGCUAAGAACUAUAGUAUUCCUGGCCAGACGGGGCUUCCGGAAGACUUCAUGGCCUCGGUGACAGAGAACUCGGCCAAGUGGACCGCCUUGACCGGUGCUCCAGUGCAUGCAGUCCUUCUUAACAACGUGGACGUUAAGACUGCCAAGCAAGUUGAUGAAGAUGACGUGGGCGUUCAUAUUGUGGCCAACCACAUGCUUCAGGUCGAAAUGCAAAACGCUACCAGAGCACUGGCAGAAUACUGGGGCGAUGAGAGCUUUGACGACGCUUGCCGGGAUUGUACAAAGCAGGAAGUGACCAUCUCCUCUGACAAUGGUCCAAAAAUUCCGUUAACCUCGAUUUUCCUUCCGGAUUUUCCUCGGGUGGAUACCCAUGAUCAAUGGAAAUUGGCUCCCCCGGAUCUCAAAUCCCUUGUGCCAAAUGACUGGAGGCUCAGUAGCGCCCAAAUCGAGGCAACUAUCCAGUUGCUUACCCACUCUUUAUCUCUUGUGGUCGGCCCUCCUGGUACGGGCAAAACGCAUACAAUUGCUGCAGUGACUAUGUUUGUCACGCAAAUCCUCUGCGGUGGGUCGGUGGGAUUGGCCAAGCUGGCCAUCCUAGUACCGACUCACGCAGCAGGUGAUGCUGUAAUGAGUCAGUUGACCAACGCAUUUGAGAAGUACAACUACAGCGACACGAAUAUUAUUCGACUUCGAAGCAGAGCAGAUACAGAAGCUCGACUUUUCGCCGAUGUCCACGGAUAUCACGACGAUAUUGACAAGAUCAUCAAUCUUGCCAAUAAACAACCUCGUCAAUACCAGCAAUUCCUGAAAGGUAUCGAAAAGCUCCGGGAGUCUGGCCGGUUAGACAUGUCCAAAGAACAGCUCCGCAAACACAACGAACAGCGACGCGAACUCAUCAGCCGCGUUAUGGAAGACGUCCAAGUCGUGGUCACCUUGCCUUUCAAUGUCAAGGAGAUGAUCCGGCGCAAGUUCAACCCGCAAUUCGUCAUAUUUGACGAAGCCAGCUUUUUCCGCGAUCCGGAUCUCUUCCAUGUUCUUGGACAACUGAGAGCAGAUGUCCGUGUCCUUCUAGUGAGUGAUCACAAGCAGUUGUCACCCCCUGUUUUUACGGCAGCCGGGAGAGCAGCCUGGUCAAGAUCGGCUUUCGAACGUCUGAUUGACAAAGGCUACUCUCAAACCCUUCUCAAUACCUCUUACAGGUCGUAUAAGGACCUUUAUGAGCCGACCUCGGUGGCCUACUACGAGGGCAAGGUUGAUACCUUCCGGAGUCAGCCGAGUAGAGACAUACCAAUCACCUCGGCGAAUCCAUUGACUGUCCGCCUGGGGAAUAAGACAUGGACUCUGCGCAGGCUCUCCCAUUUCCUCCAUCUCCCCCAUAGUGAAGGAGAUACGCGCAAGGAUCCCUCGGAAUCCCUGUACCACGAGCAGGAAGCCGAGCUUGGGAUCUGCCUGGCCCAACAGCUUCUGAACAGACGUACCGGGAGCAUUCUCAUUAUGUCCCCCUACAGAGCCCAAGUCGCCCUGGUGAACCGGCUUUGGGACCAGAGGUUCUCUGAGCUUCGGCCCCGCCCCAGGAUUCAAACCGUAGAUGCGUCCCAGGGGUCGGAGGCUGAUGUUAUCAUCAUCUUGAUUACACUUAAUCAUGGCGCCCCCGGCUCCCUCCACUCGACGAAGCGGACCAACCUAAUGCUGUCCCGGGCACGUAAUGCCCAGUACGUUAUCGGCGACUGGGACUGGCUGGGCAGCAAGGUCUUCAGAAAGGACGCCGCCUCGUUUUCCAAGUACCUUGACGAGGCCGAACGUCUUGUGGGGAAGGACCAGUAUUGCGUUAAGUCGUGA